AUGCGUUGGCUGCUCAAUGGUUCCCUUGGCAUCAUCUACUCAUCGCUCGAUGUUCCGCAAGUGCAUCAAUAUAUCGCGGACCCGCCCAAUGUCUCGGCGAUUGGGUAUCCCAAUGCUCGUCGACCUGCGCCCACCGAUGCCACGACCGGCAAUGUCGAUGCUGCGCAAGAGCAUCAAUGCAGAUGCCAUGCAAGAGCGUCAAUGCUGAUGCUACUGGUAACUCAGUAUCCCCGCGACGAAGACAUCGAUGCCCGCGCGAGCUCGCCCAAUGUUACGGAAAUCGGGAAGCUCAAUAAUCUGUCGAACAUCGCUACUCCACCAGGUCGACGCGCCUCACGUCCAAGCCGUCAAGUGGCAAUGUUUGAAGAAAAGCUCCCUCGCCCCACCAAGGGUAAACAGGUCGCCGCUGCUCAGGUCAUCGCGCCAAGCCCAAGCCGUUGCGUCGACUUGAAGAUAGAGGAGAGAGAUAGAAUGACGCCUCCCAACACCGCCUAA